AUGGAGAAAUUAAAGACAUUGCUGGUUGCGAAUCGAGGAGAGAUAGCAGUGCGGAUAUGCAAGACAGCCCGCAAGCUUGGGCUCAAGACUAUUUCCAUUUACACGGGAGCAGACGCCGCCUCGGCACACGUAGGGGCUGCGGAUGAAGCUGUUUUGCUCACCGGACCAGAUGCCAAAGGCUACAUCGAUACACAGCAAAUUAUCGAUAUCGCAAAAUCCAAGGGAGCCGACGCGGUCAUUCCUGGGUAUGGAUUUCUGUCUGAGAACACCGACUUCGCCAGGCAUGUCACCGAGGCGGGGAUGGUGUUUGUCGGUCCAAGUCCAAAGUGUAUAGAGGACUUUGGCAUCAAACACACAGCUCGUGAACUUGCUUCAAAAGCCGACGUCCCUAUCGUCCCAGGAACUAAAGGUCUUGUCAAGUCAGAGGAUGAAGCAGUUGAGGAGGCAAAGAAAUUGGGUUUCCCGAUCAUACUCAAAGCUACCGCCGGCGGAGGCGGUAUGGGCUUGUUGACAUGCAAGGACGAAACAGAAGUUCGUCAGUCAUUCAAAACAGUUCAAUCGCGUGGUGAGACUCUCUUUAAGAACUCGGGCGUCUUCAUGGAGAGGUUCUACCCUUCUUCACAUCAUAUCGAAGUCCAGGUCUUCGGCAAUGGGCUCGGUGAAGCGAUACAUUUUGGAGAGCGCGAAUGCUCGAUUCAACGGCGACACCAGAAGGUGAUUGAAGAGUGCCCCAGCCCGUUCGUCGAGAAACACCCCGAACUCCGCGAAAAGCUAGGGUCAGCGGCUGUCCGUCUAGCGGCCUCGAUCAACUAUGGUUCCGCCGGGACCAUCGAGUUUCUUGUGGACGACGAGUCCGGCGCUUUCUUCUUUCUCGAGAUGAAUACACGUUUGCAGGUAGAACACGGCAUUACGGAGAUGUGCUAUGGAAUCGAUCUGGUGGAAUUGAUGUUGAAGCAAGCCGACGCAGAGCUGUCUGGUAAGGGCGGACUUGAUGGUGAAUACCUGAGCAGUCUUCAGCCCAAGGGUCCUUCAGGAGCAGCCAUUGAGGUACGGGUGUACGCAGAAAAUCCGGCAAAGGACUUUGCUCCAUCACCAGGCACACUACAGCACGUGUCUUGGAAAGAAGUUCCGGGUUCUCGAAUCGACGGUUGGAUCCAUACAGGGACUAAGGUCACUUCAUUUUACGAUCCCUUACUGGCAAAAGUCAUGGUCCAUGCAUCAAACCGUCCCAAAGCCCUUAAACUGAUGUGUGAAAUGCUGGAAGGCUCCAAGAUAUUUGGGCCACCCACAAACAUCGAGUUCCUGGAGGCCAUCUUAAAAGACAGCACGUUCAAAUCCGGCAAUACGAUGACAAAAUUCCUCGAGACGUUCAAAUUUCAACCUGCGGCAAUAGAUGUCUUGCAAGGGGGCGCGUACACCUUGAUCGAAGACUGGCCGGGCCGCCCUACCAUCGGAAGAGGGUUUUCACACUCCGGUCCCAUGGAUCCUCUGGCGUUCCGAAUAGCCAACGCGCUCGUCGGCAAUCCUCCUGGCAAGGAAGGCAUUGAGAUCACCUUGAGUGGACCGGACCUGAAAUUCCUCGGGCCAGCCAUUAUCGCCAUCUGCGGUGCUCCGAUGGAGGUCAAGCUCGACGGCAAGGAUGCACCCAUGUGGACGCGGCUGAAGAUCCAAGCUGGCCAGCGACUCACGAUCGGCAAGACAACAGGAGGCGGAUGUCGAUCGUACUUGGCAAUAUACGGAGGUCUUCCGAGCAUUGCAACGUGGUUCGGCUCAAAAGCAACGGCGCCGAUGACUGCUGUCGGUGGCUAUCAGGGGAGGGCGCUCGCGGCUGGUGAUUUCUUGGUGAUUACGACCGAUUUACCAGAUGUCGGUGGCGAGCUUUCACUGCCACAGAAUCUGAGACCGUCGUACCCAGAGGAAUGGGAUCUUUUGGCCAUGCCUGGGCCCUAUGAUGAGGGCUUCGUCACCAACGAAUCCAUUGAAGAGUUCUACGACAGCACCUGGACGAUUUCACACAAUGCCGCUCGAGGGGGCAUUCGGCUGAUUGGUCCGAAACCGAAAUGGGCACGUCCUGACGGAGGGGAGGGUGGUGCACAUCCUUCAAAUGUCAUCGAAUACGGAUACCCCAUCGGCACUGUGAACUGGACCGGCGAUGACCCGUGCCUGUUCCCCAUCGACGCGCCCGACUUCGGAGGGUUUGUGUCGGCGACAACAAUCGUGAAGGCCGAGUACUGGAGACUCGGGCAGAUGAAGGCUGGCAACAAGCUGCGAUUCAAGAGAGUGUCGUACCAGGACGCCAUUGCCAAGCGCAAGGAAGUCGAAGAUUUCCUAGGCUCUAUCCACGACUGUUGCCAGGGGAAAGGCAGCUUUGACAAUGUUUCACCGCUCAAGUACGAGGGACUUCCACCCUCCUUCGAGAAGAAAGGAUGGGAGCCAGCGAUUAUCCACAAGAUCGAGGAACACGGCAACCAACCGCUCGUGUCGUAUCGACAGGGCGGCGACGACUUCAUCCUGAUCGACUACGGCCACGGCUCCUUCGACCUCAACUACCGCUGCCGCGCGGUCGCACUGUAUCGAAAGCUGCGGGAGAACACGGGCGAGAUCUCGUUCUCCAACGGCGAUAUGCAUACGGGAAUGGCGUGCGGUAAUUCCCUCAUGCUCUACUACGACUCAACAAAGGUGCCCCGCCAGAAGAUGCUGGAUUAUCUCCUCCAGCUCGAAAAGGAACUCGGCGAUCUCAGCGAAGCCAAGUUUCCAAGUCGCAAGUACAAACUCCCCAUCACGUUCCAGAGUAAGAGACAGAAGGAAAGCCUACAGAGGUACAUGGAGACGCAGAGACCGUAUGCCUCGUACCUACCGGAUCCGAUGGAGUUUGUGGCCAAGAACAACGCAUUCACGCUUCAACAACUUCGAGAUAUAUACACAAAAUCAUCGUUGAUGGUGGUUGCGGUCGGGUUCUUUGUGGCGCUGCCCAUAGCUCUGCCGAUCGAUCCGCGUCAACGCAUCCAGUGUCCCAAGAUGAACCCGUCCCGGGUACACACCCCAGAAGGACAAGUCGGCUGGGGUGGGUCAUGCAUGGCACUAUACAACGUCGAGUCGCCCGGCGGGUACAUGAACACGGGCCUCUCGAUCCCGGGCGCCGACAUUCUCGGGUUCAAGAGAGGCUACAGCGCGGAGAAGCCGUGGCUGUUUGAGGACUUUGACCAGAUCACCUUCUACGAGGUGACCGAGGACGAGUACGAAGGGCUCAUGGCAACGUUCCGCAGCGGCCGCUACGAGUACGAGUACGAGGAUACCGAGUUCGACAUGAAGGAACACAACGAGCUCCUGAGGGAGACCAAGGACGAGGUCGCCCAGAUCCGGGCCCGGCAGCGCCAGGCACAGGCCGAAAUGGACAAGUUGGAGAAGGAACUCCUCGAAAAAUGGAGCAAGGAGAAGGAAGCCGGCAAAAUCAGCAUGGACACCGUCGAGGAGCUGCUGCAUGACCCGGAAAUCAUCCCCGUCGAAGCUCCCCUGAACGCCAACGUGUGGAAAGUCGAGGUCAAGGAAGGCGACACGGUCAAGCUCGAGCAGGUCGUCUCGAUCCUCGAGGCCAUGAAGCUCGAAAUCCCCGUCAAGGCCGAGCAGAAUAUGGAGGGCGCCACGGUCGAGAAGUUGCUCGUCAAGCCGAACGACGUGGUCCAGGCUGGGAAACCAUUGAUGCUUCUUCGGAGAGGGACCAAGAACUGA